AUGACGGAAGACCUAGCUACUAUGCAUAGGUCUCUGGCUCUACCCUCGUCCCCAGAUCGUAUUGAUAUAAACUUGAGGACUCCGCCGUCGAGAAUUCACCACGAUAUAUUACAACAAGAAGCAAAAACACCCACAGACCCGGUCGACUACCUAGAUUCCAAAAAAAAAUUUGAGUCGAUUGUAGAACAUGUGAAUAGAACACUUCAGCAAUUAAGCGAGGUGUACACUGAGAUCGGGUACUCAAAUAGAGAGAUUAACCAACGACAAGCGGAGGUCUUCCUGACAAUCGACGAAACUAUCAAAUCCAUUAAUAGCAAUGCACUCAGAGAAAAGGAUAUGCUUCAGAAUGAAUGUGAAUGGCUCCGGCAGCAGAUCAGGUUCAUGCUUGCUACACUCGAUGACGGUAUGGGGGAAAGAACAUUGAGAUUGAGCAGUCGAGGUGUUGUGUUUGAGGAUGAUAUGAUGUAUGCUACAGGCUACCGCGAAGAUAUGAAAGAGAAGGUCAGUGGUUUCAAUCCUCUUCGUCAAGAACCAACGUUUGACAAGGUAGAUGACAUGAUGAAUGACGACUACUCCAUGCAGCAGCAGUACGAUUACAUGACGAUGAAUAUUCCCCAACUCACUCUACUACAAACAAAAUCGUCAUUAAACAGCAUAUUUUUAGAGGUUUUGAAGGCAUUUGUCAAGAUUUUUCGCAAAUUCGCCGACCUAAGCUACCAGUAUUGGGAAAACAUGGAGCUCAUAGGCACAGACCCCACAAAAAAUACUAGCUUUGCGAACCAACUACCGUCUAAGAAUGAGGCGGAGGAGUAUUUGAGGCUUACAGAAGAUUUUGAGGCCACCAUGAAACAACUUCAUCUUACUGAUCAGCUACUGAAAGCACCUUUCCCAAGACCGAAUGAUAUUGGAGACGACAACAAGGCAUAUGUCAUUUCGAGUCCCACAAAGAAUAAGGUGCGAGAUCUAGCAAGAAAUCGGGAUGACUUCGCGGAUACUUCCACUAUUUCCAGCUCUUCCCCUGACGAGAGUAUGAGUCACCUCAGAGAACUCAACGGCAAGCUAAUAACAGCGCUACGAAACCUUCGAGUCAUCAAGUUGAAUUCCCAAAUUCUUCUGAAGCUACAUAGCGAGGUUGAGCAAUCUAAGGCAGAUGUCACGACUAGGGCUGUUGAACUAAAAGACCUUGUGAAUCAGUGUCUUGAUAUUAUCGUCAUAUUACUGCUAGAGGAUGCUGAUCUAAUAAAAGUUCAAGAAAGAUUCAUUCUUACAAAAAGCGAUGAGUAUGCGAAGGAGGGACCAUUUGAUUCUGAGGCUUUGAGGCUCAUUGAGAGCGAUGUUCUUGCGUUCGGGCUAGAAUAUUCGAAGCUACUCUACCUCAAAAAGUUUGCAAGCACUUUGGUACAUCUUAAGGAGUCGAAACAAAAGAAAUGGAACUACUACAUGUCUGCAUGUCUGCGUCUAUGGGAUAAACUAUGUGAAUCACAACAGUUUAUAUCCCGCUUCAAAGAGGAGAAUUCAUCCCUCAGUGAUAAGUCUUUGCUCAAUCUCAAGAUGGAGCUCAACCGACUAUUUAUCAAGCGUUCAGAGUUCAUUGGUAGCUUCAUAAUUGAUGCGCAGAAGGAAAUUGCAGAGUAUCAAUCCUUACUUCUUUACUCAGAAGCUCAAAAACGAGCAUUUGAGUUUUGUGAUUACAAGGUGGAUGAUGAAACUGAUGACAAAGAGCAGAUUCUCAACCUUCAUGAGGCCGAGCUCAACAGACUUAAAGAAGAGUAUGAGUCGAAGCGUCUUAUUCUUGAGCUCUACAAGGAACUAAAUGAGUACCUCGAUGAUCAGAAAUUUUUAGAAGAGUCUUCAAAGGAUUCAUCACGCCUUCUUCAAAAGGACUCGUGUAAAAUUUUGAUGAAGGAGGAGAGAAUACGAAAGUCUAUAAACCGAAACUUGCCGAGAGUUCUCAAAACUCUCAAGGAUGAAGUUGUGAAGUUUAACAAAGAGAUGAUAUCACAAGACAAAAAGCCUUUUUUCGUUGGAGGACAAGACUUGUACGAAAAGCUCCUUUCUAUUGAGUCUCAUUGUUCCUCUCAAAAACGCCCGAAGAUCUCUCGGGGAGUUUCACCUAAAAAGUCGUCUGUUUCUCCGAAGAAGUCUGAGCCUACAAACAGAUUGCGCUCACCUAUCAAGGUCGUUAAAGAACCUUCUCAAAGAAGAAAAUCUCCACUCACUGGCUUGGGUCGUCAUCCGAGAUCUAUCAACUCAACGAACAAGCCUAGCAAUAGCUGGCCACAUCCUUCUACAAACUCGCCCGAGAUACAAACUAAAUCUCCUGAGCAUGCUUCUCAUAUAUCUUCAUUCUUAAGUCCACAAAAGAAUACUACAUUGUCAACAUUUCACAAUCACUCGCAAUUGCCACCAUUACACUCACCUUUGAAUCCUGAGGCAUCUUCGUUGAUGAAUUUCAGUCCGUCUGACAGUACCCUUUACUCCAUGUGCUCCCGAGUAUCGCCUUUGAAAGACAAGAAUACCAGUGCAAGGACUGAGUUUUCAUCAACGAAAACGGAAACACACAUCGAGGGCAAAGAAAAUGAUUAUUCGUCUAAUGAUGACUUAAAAAUGAAAUUGGACCGAAGAAUAAGCACACACAGCCUUGCAAACUCUACAAUUAUCAGUGGUGUCAAUGAGGAUUGGAAAGAGCAAAGACUCCGCGAUAUACGGAAUCGUAAUGACGAAUUACAUGGAACAAGCCACAUGCCAUGA